AUGGCGAGCGCAGCGGCGGCCCGCGAGGCCCAGGGGGCCGAAGCCCCGCGCCCGUCGGCGCCCCCGGCCGAGCCCGCCGAGCCCCCCGCCGCGCCCCGCGUGCGCCCGCGCCUCGUCUUCCGCGCGCAGCUGGCGCACGGCAGCCCCACGGGCAAGAUCGAGGGGUUCACCAACGUCCGCGAGCUCUACGCCAAGAUCGCCGAGGCCUUCGGGAUCGCGCCCACCGAGAUUUUGUUCUGUACCUUGAAUAGCCACAAGGUGGACAUGCAGAAGCUUCUGGGCGGCCAGAUAGGUUUGGAGGAUUUCAUCUUCGCGCACGUGCGCGGCGAGACCAAGGAGGUGGAGGUGACCAAGACUGAGGACGCGCUGGGCCUGACCAUCACAGACAACGGGGCAGGCUACGCCUUCAUCAAGAGGAUCAAAGAGGGCAGCAUCAUCAACCGCAUCGAGGCAGUUUGCGUGGGGGACACCAUUGAGGCCAUCAACGACCACUCGAUCGUGGGCUGCCGCCACUACGAGGUGGCCAAGAUGCUGCGGGAACUGCCCAAGUCGGAGCCCUUCACGUUGCGCCUGGUGCAGCCCAAAAGGGCUUUCGAUCUGAUCAGUCAGAGGAGCCGAAGCGGCAAGUGCUCCAUGGAAGGCAAAGUGAGCAGUGGUAGAGCGACCCUGCGCCUGCGCUCUGGGGGGCCCGCAACCGUGGAGGAGGUGCCCAGCGAGUUCGAGGAGGAGGCGUCUCGGAAGGUGGACGAUCUCCUAGAGAGUUACAUGGGCAUCCGGGACCCGGAGCUGGCGUCCACCAUGGUGGAGAUGUCCAAGAAGACCGCGGGCGUCCAGGACUUUGCGCGCAGCCUAGACGCCGUCGUGGGCGAGUUCGCCUUCCCGGACGAGUUUGUGGUGGAGGUGUGGGCCGCCAUCGGCGAGGCCCGGGACGCCUGUGGCUAG